AUGUUUAAGGGACAACCCUCACCUCCGUCAACCUCAAAGUACCAAGGAGACGGUUCAUUGUUUCUCUUGUCCUCAUUUUCAAGGUCACGAACCGGGCCUCAAUAUGUAAGUCUGGACUUGUACUGGGUUGCGAACAACAGCGAAUCCGACACCCGUGCUCAACACCACAAGACCUGCUACCAUCAUCGCCAUGAACGCCAACCUAUCCACCUCCCACCCCAAUCUCGAUCUCCCGACUCGAGUGAAGAUACACAAUACCGCCACAACGCCGGCCAUUAUCAUGUUAAAGGAAUCCACUCCAAUGAGCGACGAAACAACCAGUUUCCAGUCAAGCACUUCCAACCAGAGACCUCAAAUGACCUAUUUGACCGCAUCCACCGCCACGCUGCACCACCAGAACAAAGCGAUUUAUCUCGUGUUACUGGGUAUAAGUCACACGAGGAAGGGUGCGGUAGCAGCAUUAAAGCCGUUAGGUUCAAAGAGGAUGGCAAAGUGCCUGAAUACGCGGAGACUCACCAUUCAAAUUGUCAUCUGCAUCAUACUCCAGCCCCUCUGGAGGACGGCUAUCAUUCCAAUCGCAAUUCCCACCCGAACCAGAGCCAAUCUCGAGAAUCGAGAACUUACAGGUGGGUUUGGGGCCCUCCGUUGCCGGCGGUGACACCUCGACGUGGAAAGGUUUAUUAG